AACAACAAUGACUCGACAACGGUCUCCUCUAUCAUUGGCCGCGGCAUCUGUGACUUGCCCAACCGAGAUUCAUGGCGGUUGCAGUUGCUGCACUGCCGCCACUUCGAAUUUGACUUCACGGCCACGUAAGGGCAAUGCUGCAGCGACUCGGAGUACGGACGCGUUCGGGUUUCGCGGCGCUGCCACAUGCUCUCAUAUUGGCGGCGCUGGCGGUUGCUGUCGUAAAAGCGCAAACACUGCGUACUGAGCGGGCAGUAGACACACUAUUGCCCGCAGAAGAAGCUGUCAUCCCAGAAGUUGACGCGUCCAUCGGGCUGACCCAGCGCGAGGUCUUCGGUAUGGCUCUAGCGGCGCUCGUCAUCUUCGUCGCUGCAGGAGGAGGCACUGGAGGUGGAGGAGUGCUAGAUCCAAUCUACAUCCUCAUCGUCGGGCUAGAUGCCAAGACUGCUAUCCCCCUCUCCAGUAUCACGAUUCUCGGCGGAGCAAUCGGCAACUUCUUUCUGAAUCUUCGCCGCACCCGCGACAAUUCGACUCAACCGCUUAUUGACUGGGAUGUCAUUCUUGUGAUGCAACCACUUCUCCUGUUGGGAGCUACCUGCGGCACCUUCCUCAACACGAUAAUGCCUACGUGGCUCCUGUGUGUUCUGUUAGUGCUAUUGCUCAGUGUGACCGGCACACGUACACUACAGAAGGCUAUAAAAGCGCGCCAAAAAGAGCGCUGGCAAUGCGGUGUCGCGCCCGAGGCGACAUCCCUCCUCGGCAUUGAUUCAUCCUCCGUUGACUCCAUGAAGACCCACAGCAAAGCAGAGCCGGAAGUACUCCCUCGCGCAGACCCGCCAUGGCAGAAGCUUGCAACACUUGCUGGUCUGUUCGUGGUAGUCGCCGCGAUGAGAAUUCUCCGAGGGGGAAAGAACUUUGACAGCCCCGUUGGCAUCGAUUCAUCGUCGAUUCUUUAUCCAGUACUCGUGACAUUGCCUUACGCUGUCCUCAUCGGUGUUAGCUACUUUUCGCUGAUGAAUCUGGGGGCCACGUACGAAAAGCAGCAAAGCCCCGGAUACGAGCUCGAAGCACACGAAAUCAAGUGGACAUCGUCGUCGAUUCGAUUCUUCCCUGUGUGCUCAUUCGCGGCUGGAGCAGUCUCUGGCAUGUUCGGCAUCGGCGGAGGAAUCAUCAACGGCCCGCUUCUGCUUGAGGUAGGAGUCGACCCCUCGGCCGCUUCGGCAAUGACCGCCACCACCGUGCUUUUCUCCAGCGGAAUGUCAUCUCUCAAUUAUGCAACAAUGGGGAAGAUGGAUCUCCACCUGGCGCAGCUCAUGCUGCCAAUGGGUCUAGUUACCACGUACGUCGGCCACUUGUGUCUGCUGAAGGUCGUACGUCACUACAACUGCCCGUCAAUGAUUAUCUUUUCCAUGGCCACGAUUGUCCUCAUCAGCGCCAUCGCCAUGAGCAUCGAGAGCGUUCGAGCGUUGCUCGCGUAAAAAAUACCUGAAUAUUAACAUUAACCCAAAAUUUCAAAUAACGCUAACCAAUGAAAUCAUUUUGGCGUACAAUGCAUCCAAUCA